AUGUUAGAUAAUAAUAAUAAUAGUAAAAUUGAUUCAUUAUUUUUUUCAGUAUGGAGAAACAAGUAUAUAUUAAGCGAAAUAUGGGAACAUAUCAGAUUAUAUAAUGAAAAUGAAAUAAUAAAUAUUAAAACAAUGGAUCAGCUUAGAUAUCAUCCACAUAGAAAAUAUAUUACAUCAGUUUUUAUUUAUAAUAAUGAAGUAAUAGAAACACCAAAUACAAAUAACAUUAUAAGUUUUAAACCAAUUAAAGCAGGCGAUAUCCCAGAAUCAGUUACAAGUCUAAGAUUUAGUUAUAAUUACACCACCCCAAUUGAUUUUAAAUCAGCUCUACCUUCAGGAAUUAAAAUAUUUGAAUACCCUGGUGAUUUACCUAAAACAUGCGAAAUACUAAAUUUAAAUAAAUAUAAUCAACCAAUAGAACCCAAUGUUCUUCCACCAAAUUUAAAAACACUAUUUACUUGUAAAUUUAACCAACCAAUGACCCACGGUUCACUUCCAGAUUCGGUCACCGACCUUACUAUGGAUAGUUAUAAUCACCCAUUAUCAAACUCACUGUCAUCAUUAAAUUCAUUAAAAAAAUUAUCAUUGUAUGGUUUUUUUCAGGGUAUAUCCAGAACAACAUUACCUAAUUCAAUUACAUCAUUGAAUCUAUACCAUUUUAAUAAACCUUUAAUGCCAAACGUACUUCCAUCUUCAAUAAUAACCCUCAGAUUAAACAAUUAUAAUCACCCAUUAGGACCGGGCGUAAUUCCGCCCAAUGUAGAGCAUUUAGAAUUAAGUUCAUAUAACUGUUUCCUUAGUAAAAAACUAUUCCCAAAUACUCUAUGCUAUCUAUUAAUCUCAUGUUUCAAUAAACCUUUUUUAAAAGACUCUAUACCAUCAUCAAUUAAACAUCUUAGGUUCUGUGAUAAUGGUCCAGAAAUAUUUGAAAUGGAUUCAAUUCCACCAUCUGUUAAAAUUUUAGUACUUCCAUGUGUAUAUAACCAUCCUCUUCCAGUCGGUUUAAUUCCAAACUCUGUAGUAGAUUUAUCUUUACCGGGUAAUUGCUCUCCUCUUCAAGUGGGUGUAUUACCAGAAUCCCUCACUUCAUUAGCCUUUGGUUAUGGUUUUAAUCAACAUCUAGACCCAAAUACUAUUCCACAAUCAGUUACCCAAUUAAAACUAAAUAGAAUUUAUUCACAACCAAUACCAGACUCUUUAACAAACAGGAUAAAAAUAACAAGAUAA